GACCGACCGUCACCGUCGACAGUCGCGAUGAAGAUGGCUGCCGAGGUGAGGUGGCUUCUAGUUUUUCUUAUAUCGUGCGUGGUCUCGUCGUGUCACGGCGAGACGGCGCACAGAAAAUUUGAGUACAAGUACUCGUUCAAGCCGCCGUACUUAGCGCAAAAGGAUGGCAGCGUACCGUUCUGGGAAUACGGUGGAAAUGCCAUUGCUAGUUCAGAAAACGUUAGAGUAGCACCAUCACUCAGAAGUCAAAAAGGUGCAAUAUGGGCGAAGCAGCCGACAAAUUUUGAUUGGUGGGAAGUUGACCUAGUAUUUCGUAUAAGUGGACGAGGAAGGAUAGGAGCAGACGGUUUGGCAUUCUGGUACACGACUGCCAAAGGUUCUUACAAUGGCACUGUCUUUGGUAGCUCUGAUCUUUGGACAGGCCUGGGGAUUUUCUUCGACUCGUUCGACAACGACAAUAAGCAUAAUAAUCCGUACAUUAUGGCGAUCGUUAACGAUGGCACAAAGGUUUUUGAUCAUGCAAAUGACGGCUCUACGCAACAGUUGGCUGGUUGUUUACGAGAUUUCCGCAAUAAACCUUUUGCCACUCGAGCGCGGAUCGAAUAUUACAAGAAUACGUUAACGCUGCUGUUCCAUAAUGGCAUGACAAAUAACGAGCAAGAUUACGACAUCUGUUUCCGAGUCGAGAACGUCAUGCUGCCAAAGCAUGGAUACUUUGGAGUUUCCGCUGCUACUGGCGGCCUGGCCGAUGAUCACGACGUGCUACAUUUCCUGACCACUUCUUUGUAUCCUCCCGGACAACUACCGACGGACGGACAGAAGGUCUCCCUGGAGGAACAGGCUAAGCUUCAGCAAGAAUACCUGGAUUACCAAAAGAAGCUAGACGAACAGAAGGAAGAAUACCGCAAAGAACACCCUGAUCAGUUCCGCAAGAACGAGUUUGAAGAAUAUUACGAGACGGAAAAUCAGAGAGAAUUGCGGCAGAUCUUCAACGGGCAGAGCCAGAUGUUCGACGCUCUGCGCGAGCUGAGCAGGAAAUUGGACGAGGUCGUCGGAAGGCAAGAGAGAACGCUGAGCUUGAUAUCUCAAGUUCAAGUGGGAGGUGUGCAAGUUACGGGCGGCCAGACGGGAUCACAGCCGGGAUCACAGCCUGUGCUCAUUGACACUAUACGUCGGCAGGAAGUGGACGCUGUGUUGAAUAAUCAGAAUAUUAUAUUGAACACCGCUAGGGAAAUCAAGGCCUUCGUCGGGGAGGUUCACACCAAGGCCGAGUCGAUUCUCAGUAAUCAAGCGCGUGCCCCGACGGCGCAGGUGCAACCGAUGGGCUACGACUAUCAGUCGCUCGUGUCGGAGGUGCGGGACGGGCUUAACGCCUUGAAGAAGGACGUCAAGUCCGUAGGGAGCGCCGAUUGUCCCAACUGUUUAACGACAACCAUGUUCUUGCUGUUCAUCGGGAUACAGAUGAUAAUAUUAUUGGUGUACAGUCUUUAUCGAGACAAUAAGGAGGCACAGAUGAAGAAGCUCUACUGAGAACGUACGUCCACGUGGUGAACAUAACAAUGCAUUCUCGUUCGUGAAUUUUAUCAACACGAUAUUUUUAUUACUCGUUGUUCGUACUCGCGAGGUAUGCGUGUCUCCCGAUAUACAUUUGUAUAAUAAAACGCAUCGUUCAUCUCUGCCGAUAAGAUUCAGUGUCACCGAGGUAUCAUCAGAUAUUGUCUCGUAGGAAGAUUCUCCCGUGGCGACGUAACGCGCUGUCUCAAGUAUUCCCGUUAAUUAAGCGGGAGGCUGUCUCCGUGCGGUGACGGAUUGCGUCAUGGUCUAUCGCAUCGCGGCAGAACUCAUUUAUUCAAAGGAAUGGAUUAAAGGGGAGGGCUACUUGAUGAGUCAGUUGACGGGAAUCGACUGGCCGCAAGAUCGCUCGAUCAGGUUUUCGAAGUUACUAAUGAUAUUUCAUGAUUCUCUCCCCGCGUCGUUGAUACGCACGAUGAUUUUUAUAUUCAUAUCGCAUGCGUGCUUGUCGUUACGCGCACAUUGUUUUCGUCAGUUUUAUUCGUAACAGUUGUGUCGAUCGUUGAUUUCACUGGUUAGUGAGGGUGUAGCGCAGCUUUCUCAACGUUUCCAUGUAAAUCUCUGUACAAUAUUUUGUAUUAUGCAUUUAGUACUUGAAUAUAUACAGUUAUAUCUUGUUCAUAAGAAUUCUCACCUUUCUCGUCGUUUAUUUUUAUUUUGCGAUUGUCAUUCAUCUGCGAACUGCGCCAUUCCUUCGGAACGGAGAAUUAUUAUAGAUGACGGUGGGCGACCCUUCGCGAUCGUUAGCGUAACAGGUUUAAUAUAAAAAAAAACAUGGUUCUAAACGGGAUUGAUCGCUCUCGACUAUUCCAUCGGAGGCUAAUUGUAGUGCAGAAUGUCGUGUAUCCAAGUGUGUACUCGCGUAUACUACAAUCUGUGUCGUCAAAGUGUAUAAAAGUCGCGCGCGAUGACUGCGUCUUUGAAACUACAGUAAGGACUCUGAGCAAACGUAUGUACGUGAGUGUAAGGUGCAUGAGCGGUAGUGAUAAUAAUAUAAUACGGGAGUGGAAUGGAAGGAUUUCUGAGUUCGUUAUUUCCUGCAUUGCAUUUGUAAAAGUUUAUUGAACAUUGUAAAUGUACCAGAAGAUAUAUCUCUCUGAUAAUAAAAAUAUAAAGAGAAAAAUGGAAAA